AUGAAGGACCGACGCUGGAGAUCGAGGAAGACGUACCCGCACAGACAAGUAAGGGGAAGGAGAGCCAAGUGUUUCACAAGGACAGCCCUACCCAGAGAAGUUCAUGCUCAGGAUGACCUCCAGGAGGGAGAUUUAGAUGGAUCUUUACCUCGAGCAGCUGAUCCAUUUUUCCUAGAUCCAGAGCCUGAGUUAGAAAGUAAGGGAGUGAGCAGGGAAACUGGCGAAACCCCAGCUGGGAGUUCCACAAAUGCGGUAAAGCGAGCAAAGCCGUUUCCAUACCGAGGGGAAGCCAAGAAAAAGAAGGAUGAUACAGAGGACCUCAUGGAAAUUUUUAGCAAGCUGGAAAUCAACCUGCCUUUCUUGCAAGCCCUGAAGAUGCCUGCCUUUAGCAAGUUCAUCAAGGAAUUCAUAGCUGGGAAGACAAAGCCAGACGGAAAGAUUGUGAUCGGGGAAAACGUAUCUGCUGUGAUACAAAAGAGAAGGAUGCCUUCAAAAUGCACUGACCCAGAUGAGGAACUAGCAGAAGCCAUCAUGAAGUUUUGCAAAAAUCCCGAGUCAGCUAGAUCAAGGGGAUCGGCCCAUGUGGCCAGUCUGGAGAAUUCUCCUGGGUCUGGGAAUGAGACAUUACCUGAUAUUGCAGAAAAAAAUUCCUUGCCCCAGGAGACGAACGACACAAAGAAGGAACUAAAGACAUUCCCAGUGAUAGUCAACAGUAACUUGACCAAGGAGCAAGAGAAGGAAUUAUUGGAAGUAAUCAAGCGGAACAAGAAAGCAAUAGGAUGGACCCUCUCCGAUUUAGUAGGAAUUAGCCCUGAUCUCUGCAUGUUAGGUUUGUCUUCCGCUGUGCAAGGAGCACCAAACCCUGAUCACUGCAUGCAUCACAUCCGAUUAGAGGAGGGUGUGAAGGCUCACCGAGACGCACAACGGAAGCUGAAUCCGAACAUGCGGGAGGAAGUUUUGAAGGAGGUGUUGAAACUGCUCUCUCUAGGGAUCAUCUACUCCAUCCCGGAUAGUGAGUGGGUCAGUCCUGUCCAUAUGGUGCCCAAAAAGUCUGGAAUACAGGUUGUCAAGAAUGAAAAGAACGAGUUGGUGCCCACUAGGCUGGUGACUGGGUGGAGGAUGUGCAUCGACUAUAGGAAGCUGAAUGAGGCCACGAAGAAGGAUCACUUCCCCCUACCUUUCAUUGACCAGAUGUUAGAAAGUGGCUAUUUCCAGAUCUACGUUAACCCAGAGGAUCAGGGGAAGACCACGUUCACGUGCCCUUUCGGUACGUAUGCAUACCGAAGAAUGCCGUUUGGGUUGUGUAACGCACCAGGAACGUUCCAGCGGUGUAUGAUGAGUAUUUUUUCGGAUUUGCUUGAGGUGGACAAGGCAAAGGUGGAUGUGAUAUCGAAGUUACCUUACCCCACAAACCAAAAAGAAGUUAGAGGCUUCCUGGGUCACGCGGGGUUUUACAGGAGGUUUAUCAGGGAUUUCGCAAAAAUCGCGCAACCACUCACCCAUCUGUUGCACAAUGAUGUGGAAUUCAUCUUUGAUGAAGGAUGCAAGCAAGCUUUUCAACCGCUCAAGGACAAAUUCGUGUCAGCACCAAUAAUCAGGGCGCCAGACUGGAAUCACCCUUUUGAGAUAAUGUACGACGCUAGUGACUUUGCUGUAGGAGCUGUCCUAGGUCAAAAGAUAGAUGGGAAAAGUUAUGUGAUCUUCUAUGCAUCCAAGGCUCUAAAUCAAGCUCAGAAGAACUAUGAUACCACGGAGAAGUAA